AUGUUCUCUGAGCUUCACGAAAGACUUCAAGUAGUACCGCAAUUAGUAGGGGGAAGGUGGACUUUGCAGCCCACUGCCCAGCCAACCGCAGCAACACCGUCAUAUACCUUUGCCGUGUUUUACAAGUAUAGAGUGGCAAUGGCACUUAUCUAUGAUCCAGGAAGCCAAGUACGCCUUCGAAUCGCGGAAAUUGAGAUUCGACCAGUCUUAUCAGAACGAGCCAUAAAGUUAGAAUUGAUGGUUGACGGCAAUUUGACAAAGAAGCUACCCGAAAUUCAUGGUGGGCAACCACUGAAGUGGUCCAAGCUAAUAAUUUGUGAUGUUCGUUCGGAAUCUCAAGUGGAGUUGGUUAUCCACCAGAAAUGCUAUACACUCUACCCCCGGUAUAAACGGUACAAAUCGGAGUCGUAUCGAGCUUCUGAGGUCAUACAGUCAUCGGUUGGGUCAUUCAGCAUCAAUGUCGAAAAUAUAGAAUAUAAUGUUAAGCUUAAACUUCUUGAUCAAACGCGGGCCAAGGAAUUGUUUGAUGAAUCCGAGGGCAUACUAUCUUGCCUGGGAGAGACACGCAAUGCUUCCAAUGGACCAACGGCUACUCAGACCAUGUUUAAGUCGAUGCUUCAGUUUGGAAGCCUUGUCCAUCCCAUCGCCAAAUUGGUCUUUUCUGUUUGCACAUAUGCUUGGGAGAGGUUCGAGACGGAACAAAAACUGAGAUUAGAGCUAGACGAUUUAGCGGGGCAGUUACUUGGAAUGACGCGAUUAGUUGAACGAGUGAAAGAAUGCGCCAGAUUGGAGCCUCUUAUUCAAACUAUUGGAGACUUCUUGCACUUACUCGAAGAUGUAUCGAUAUUUGUGCUAGAACGCAAGGCAAAGGGGUUUGUUGUACAGGUGCUAAAGGGCGUCAUUGAUUCUGGCGAUCGCGACCAAGUGGAAGAUUUGGGGAAAAGGUUUCAAAGGAUUAGCAGCAUUUUUGAGAAGGGCAUUGGCGCCCAAACAAUGAAGAUAGUAACUACUGCCCGGGAAGAUGAACUACUUCAACGACUCAAUCCAGUGAGGCCAAGUGGGCAUAAUCCAUCCUGGGUAUGCCAAGAAGGCACACGCAGGCGUGUUCUAGGGGAUAUUGACCGCUGGAUAAGAGAUGAAGAUUCAACCCAUAAACUUAUGUGGAUUUAUGGCCAAGCAGGGAUUGGCAAGAGUACGGUAGCAACGUCAGUAUGUCAAGAACUCUCCGACAAGGGAAUUCUUGUUGUCUCCUUUUUCUGCAAACGCGACGAUUCUGCGCUUCGGGACCCUCUGCGUCUGAUCAAUAGCGUUGCGCACGGGCUCACCAUUCAUUACCCUCCAUACGGUAAACUUGUAGCCCAAGAAAUAGAAACUAAUAAAGACCUCUGCACUUCCUAUCUCCAGACGCGCUACUUAGGAUUGUUGAAGAAGCCCCUUUGUGCGCUCGAUAGCGCAUACUCUCCGCCACCUUGCGUCAUUAUUAUUGACGCAAUGGAUGAGUGCGGAACAGAAGACACUCGCACACAGCAAGACGCAACCCGCAAACAGGUACUGGGAUACCUACUCGACUUGUCGUCUCUUGUCCCCUGGCUCAAGGUCAUUGUAACCAGUCGGCCGGACAGUAACAUCCGUGUUGUCUUCGAACAGUCCGCGGGUCAGUUGAUCUCCCAAAUUGACCUACAUGGAUAUUCCGCUGUGGAUGACAUCCAAAUUUUCAUCAAGGCAAAACUCAACGACAUUGCAAACAGAGAUGAAUGGCCUUCGGACGGCAUUGAACGUAUUUGCAAGAAAGCCGGAGGACUAUUUAUUUGGGCUGCAACUGCAUGCGCUUUCAUUAUUGAAGCCGAUGACCCACCCGAGCAACUACGGAUUCUAUUCGAGGAAAAUGUCAGUGGCAACGGCUUCGAUGGCUUGGACUCGCUUUACACAACUGUCAUCAAAAACGCUUUGGGGAAUAGCGUACCAAAUAUCCAACGCUGUAUUGGCUCGAUUGUAACUAUAUCAAUGAGGCAACCGGUGCCGUUCGAAGUAUUAAGCAAGCUGAUGGAACGACACAUAAAACUAACAGUUCUAGAGAGAAUUAUUGAGCGCCUUGGAGCGGUGUUCUACAGAGACGCUCACCUCAAGGAGGCUAUACGAGUUAUACAUCCCUCGUUUGCUGACUUUGUGCUUGACAAGGAUCGUUCAAAAAGCUUCUGGAUCGAUCCUAUACAACGGAAUAUCGAGAUUUCAAUUGGCUGUGUAUCGAUAAUGGAGGACGAACUUAGAUUUAACAUAUGCGACCUGGAGACCUCGCACCUGCCCAAUGGUAGCGUAUCUGAUUUGAAUUCGAAAAUCGAGGACAAUGUCAGCGGGCAGCUGGCUUAUAGUUGCAUAUACUGGAUUGAUCACCUCCUUGGAAGCAGAGAAAGAUUCAUAGAGGUAGCCAAUUUGGCGGCCAAAAUAACUCAAGCUGGUCAACCCCUAUUACUUUAUUGGCUUGAAGUUCUAAGCGUUCUGCAGAAAGUGCCCGUAGCAACGUAUGGUUUACGUGAACUCAGCCGAAAGCUACGAUUAUACCAACAAGCAAGCGCCAAGUCGGUUUGGGAUGCAUACAGAUUUGUUUUUGCGUUCUCUGACCCUAUUAUUAUGAGCGCACCACACAUUUACAUAUCAGCUCUUCCACUUGCACCAAAGCAGUCCGAGAUUUCCCGUAGAUUCUUAGAUCAGUUUCGGAAUACUGCCAGGAUAGUCAACGGGCAAAUUGAAACAUGGCCAGUCUGGCUAAGAUCUCUCCGUCAUCCAGAACAAAUAACUUCACUGUGCAUUUCACAAGACGGUCAAUGGCUACUCACCAGCUGCUUGGACGACUCAAACCCGAUACGGGUGUUUGAUAUGCGGACGGGCGAAUUAGUUCGCACCCUCAAGCAGUACUCUCCCACUCACGAAUCGCGUUUUGUUGCCAUAUCUCCUGACGGGGCUCUCAUAGCAUCUGCUUCAAUGACUGGAGAAAUCCUUUUCUGGAAUGCCAACUCUGGUGCCGUAGUCCACAGCCAUCAAAUCGAAAUCCCUGAACACGACUACUUCAGCCCUCGAGCAUGGUCGUUUUUACCGGAUGGGUCUGCCCUUCGCAUUUUAACAGGGGGGGUUGAGCUUGGUCAUAGUGCUCCCCCACUAGCAUACGAGAUAGGAAUAAAUGGGGUUGUCGAGGCACCCCGUCAGAUCGGUGAAGGCGGACUUGAAUACCGUACACUAGCACUCUCUCCUGAUGGGACUUGUAUAGCUGGGCGCACAUCCAGAGAGCUAGUAAUUCUUACAUGGCCCGAUCCUCCAGCUGGUGGAGUGCGACUUGAUAUUGAUGGUGGAGACUUCGCUAUCGUAUUUUCCCCAAGCGGCAAUCUCAUUGCAGCCGGUGGUGACCGUCUACAAAUCUUUCAUGCUAAGGCAGGCAGUUUGCGUGGUGCAAAAUUGUCCGAGGGGUGUUAUUCUCGUACAAUCCAGCAUAUUGCAUUUUCCUCGGACGAAACUCAAUUAAUUACGGCGAAUGAGACGGCGAGAACACACGUCGUGCGAGCACACGUGCGAGCACGUGAAAUACUGAUAUGGGAGACCCAAACCUGCCGCAAUAUUGGUAUCAUACCUAUCGGCCAUUCGUUUAUUGAUCGAGCCGCGCUCGCGUUUUCGCCCAACGGCGCACAUGUUGUAUCCGCCUUAUCGGGUAAUACAGUCUUAAUAUGCGACGUCUCUGUCGCCACUUUGAUCGAUCGCAGCUAUCCAUUUGCAAAACAGCGGACUGGACUGGUUUCUACGUCACUGUUACGGCGGGAUGGGACACCCACGGCCGAUAGCGAUUCAGGUUAUUCAGAUAGGCCACAGAAUCACGAGCAUGGCGUCCAGUUAGCCGGACCUUCUGGUCCAGUUACAACUGUCGCAUUUUCUCCCGAUAGCAAUCGCAUCAUCUCUGUUAGUUCAGAUGCCGGCAAAAGUACUGUGCAAACCUGGAACACUCACACGGGUGCCCCUAUUGGAGAGCCCUUCAUUUCAGAUUCGCAUAUUGAUGGAUUUACAUUUUCACCUGACGGCACCCGUAUCAUAGUUCAAGUCAAUAACAGAUACAACACCUUUCCCGAACCCAUCGAUGUAUGGGAUGCUAAUACAUAUGAGCCCUUGAUGCAAUUAAAGAUGGCAUCACACCCGUUUGCCUUAUCCCCAGAUGGUUCCCACCUGGUCACCAAUUCCCAGGAAUCUGACGAUGAUGGAAUAGCUGUAGGGGGCUUGAUUUUAUGGGACUUCAGCACAGGCGACAUUAUCCAAAAGCUGGACGCAACCCGAACAUUUGCAGAGUUGAUUGCUUUCUCUUCUGAAUUCGAACAGUCUCGAAUGUUCUCUUGUCAUACAAUCCAAUCGGAUGAUGACUCCAAGGAUGAAAAACAAGUCAUUAUCUGGAACGUCGCACCUUACAAUAUCGUCGGAAGCUGGUCUCUACAGGAUGUAUAUUUCAACGCCUUUUCUCUUGAUGGGUCUUCCAUAGGAUUACAUUCGUAUUCCUCCGAUGGUUACUGGUCGAGAGAGAACUACGUGGUCAAUAAUGCUCAAACCGGGAAUCAGAUCUCUUCGUGGGCCCUUCAUAGAUACUCAGGUAGAGUCGUGCUCUCACCUGAUGGCACCCGGUUAGCUGAAACCUACCGCCGGCAUAAGGGGAGGGGGGGAUCCAGUUUCCUUACUCUGUCGGAUUCGAAGCAAGACGUGAAUUAUUCCUUGGUCGGAAAUAGCGACAAUAUAUGUUCACUAGCCUUCUCACCAGAUGGAACCAAGUUGGCAUCUGGCUCGGAAGACAAACUCAUAUGUGUUUGGGAUGUUACCGGCAGCGAUGCACGUGGCUCGUGGUACAGUAGCGAACGCUCUGAUUGGCCUUCAAAUACACGCUUGUUUCCCCCCUCUCCGGAUGGCUUCCUCACGACCCAGAAGGAAUCUUCCUCAGGCUAUGGCUCCCAGAAUAUUAUAGGAACUUUACCGACCGCCGUUUAUUGCAAUAUAUUUCAACAAACUCCGAGCGCGAAAUCUGUUGACUUCUCGAGAUUUGCACAUGGCACAGAUUGGGCAAAAGUCUCCACCGAAUACGAUCAACAAGUACAUACCUAA